AUGGACCGACUAGCACCAGAGAUUGUAUCCAAUAUCAUUAAACACCUUGUACCAGAUGAGUACUUCUCGCCAGCUAAAUUCUUCGACGAAACUAGACCUCCCAUCCACAGUCUCGCACCUUUAGCAGCACUAUCUCGCCGAUGGCAACCUCUGAUUGAAGAAGCCUCAUUCCGUCACCUCAAAUUGAACUCAGAAUCUGUCUUGUAUGCCAUCGAUAACAACAUUCUCACACCCAGGCGUCUUUCAUAUCUCCGCCGGCUUGAUUACUCGUUUUCACCCCCAGAUGAAGAACAUCCUCCAACGACAAGGGCUGAGAUUGACACGGGUUUUGUGCCUCUUUUCCGGCUGCUCGCUCAAAUACCUUUGCAAGACGAGCCACUAGUAGACUUUAACGUUACCAUGCCCUGGGCUCCAAGUGGCCCCAGUUAUCUCAGUAAACUGGAAGAUCACGUCGAGGACAACUUUGAUGUGUUGAAAGCAAGUCUCCCGGAAGUGCCCAUGAUACGAAGUUUCUACUUCUGCCGCGGGUUUGAUCGCUUCUUCUACUCCCCGCGCUCUUUUUGCCUGAUAGUGGGUACGAUGUCGCGUCUGGGAUCGCUUACUCUGCGCCUGAUGUCUCAGAGAGGACCAGAGAAUGUGUUGAAGGAGAGAAAUGAACUCGCACGAUCGUUGAAUGGCUUGCCUUCGUCGAUCCAUCAGUUCGACCUCGACUACUAUGUUAAUCCACGCUUGCUAUUGGAUGCCAUGUCCUUGGCGCCGACAGAAGAAGACAUUUUGAGCCGAGAACUAUGUAAAUUCUCGCAAAGAGAGGGCCUGAAAGAUUUCUCUUUUACAGGGAGCAUUGAGCCUACUAUUCUCUGGCCAUCCGAGUCAGAAACAGCUGAAAAGCCUCACUGGCCAAGCCUUAAAGCUUUCGAACUCACACCAUCAGACAUAUCACCCUCAGGGAAGCGGCUUGUAGUCCGCAACGUAUGGCGAUCACCAGAUAGCUGGCAUCCUAUGUAUCCCGUAGACGACGUGGCGAAUGAAUAUUUUGCGGCGGCUGCGCGAUGUGUAUCACGAAUGCCCAAGGCGGAAUAUCUCUCUGUAGAGCUGAAAGACUCGUGGUCCACGACUCUCGUUUUCUGUACCGGAUACCCCAAUGACCCUGACGAGCCGAUUUUGAGACUCUCGGGAGGAGGGGGAGCUAAGAUCUCUGAGGAGACUGAGAAGGAAUGGCGGAAGACGGCGGAAAUUCAUAACUUGAAGUUUUCCAUGGAAGUUGACGAGGAGGAGAACCAAGGAAUUGAUAAUGAAAGCUAG